GAAACCAGUGGCAUUCAAGAUUCUGCGGUAAACGAGGGCGAAAUACGGCACACCAAUAAGACUCAUCAGUACCUGUUAACUGGACAGAAAACACCUUACGGUUCAUGAAAUGUCCAGCACGCCAACAAACGUGGUAAAGUCUAUGGAACAAGAUGGAACUGCAAGUACACCAGAUCACCAUACAAAUGGAGCCACCAUCCAAAUCUCACACAAUCCUGAUAGAACCUAUACCCCAAGAACACAUCAUACAGGUGGAACCACCAUCCAAGCACCACUUGGUCCAAAUGGACUCCCUAAUCAACCGGAGAUGCUUAACAGCGGAGAAACAGUCGAGGACAUUCCACCAAAAGAUGGGGCCUCUAGCCAAGAAAAGCAACCUACAUCUACAGAUGAAGUCCCCGUACCCAAAAAGCCCUCAACAGAUGGAGACACCAUUCAGGUACUUUGUGCCAAGGGAACCAAUGCCACAGGAGUGGUUACCGAUGUCACCACCAGUGUCACCACCACUGUCACCAGCAGUGUCAUCACCACUGUCACCCCAUUACAGCAUACAGAUGGAAUGACUGUGACAGUGUCCGACACUCAGCUUGACAGAAGCUCAGUUCAUUCUUUGGCAAAAGAUACUGAUUUGGCCAGAAGCCCAAGUCCUGCUAUGGGAUCGAAGGCCACUGAAAUGCAGACCACCAGUGAUAGAUAUGAAACUAAUGAAAUUGUUGGUAAUGAGUUAAAAGCAGAAAAAAAAGAAACAGUGGAUACCAACGAGAUUGAUGUUGUUACUGACAAGAUAAGAGAAAUAAGAAUGGGCAUGGAUAAACCCAAAGAUGAGUUCAGAUGUGAUGAAAAAGCAAAAGAAGCCACAGAGGCAACAAGUACCUGCCACUCAGGUGCAACAUUAGGAGAAGCAGUGUUUGAAACUAUCCAUGUGUAUAAAGAUGAGGAGCGUGGUACAGAUGUUAGACGAGUUGCAGAAAAAGAUGACAUGUGUAAGGAUAAGGAUACACCAGCUGCCAUGGAAACAUCUGUUGCUAAGGAAAAGCAAGAUUCCUUUGAAACACCAGUGAAAGAUGGCCAUGUUGGAAAUGAGGAAAAGCCUUACUUCACACCUACUGGUUUGACUCCCCGUCAGGCGAAACUGGCAUGGGAUGCCAAAGAAAACCAGUCACCAUUACUGAUGCAGUACUAUCAAAACAAGGCACGCCUACCACGCAACCAGAGACCCUCCUUACCUCUGACGUCCAUAAGUGACAGUGAAGUCAGCUACUCCCAUAAUGAAACACUGGAAAUAUCCACAUGCAGCAAUUGCCGCUGCCAGAUGAAUCAUUCCAACUACAGUGAAAUGGAUGACACCAACAAUGAAAGUGAAUGUUGCUGUGCAGAAUGUGGUGCCAGCUCAUUUACGUCGGUAAGCAGUGACCAAUCGAAUCCCAGCAUUCAGGAAAUUAGCCAAUCACAAACUGAGGAAAUGUCCAGUUCAGAAGAUGAAGAAGAUGGAGCAGAGGAUGAAGUUGCUGAGGAUGAAAAUAAGAACAUGGAAGUGAAAUUACCACCCUUCUAUACUUUCCACCAUCUUAAAUAUGAAGAUAGAUACAAGAUUUAUAAAAAUAUUUUAGUGGACUGUGCCCCAGAGGACGUACACCAGGCUUUCCAGGAGCACAUGAUGGAGGCAAUGUGGCCGUGUCCAUGGAAAGCAGUGUGGUCAAGUUGUAUAGCCAGUGAGGAGGAUGAAGAAGGCUCUGAAGAAAUGUUUGAAGUUCUUGUUUCGGUUCGGAAAAUCUACUUGGACAAAGAGUAUGCCAAGGUCCAUCUGGUCCGACCGUUUACCUGUACCAACCCCAAGAUGACCCAGUGUGAGUUCUACACCUGGCUCCGGAUGGACAUGAUGAACGUGGUGCCACUGUACGAGAUCUAUCCCAUCAAAGACGAGGGGCUCAAUUACCUGGAACCCAUAGCUAAAGCCAUAGACAGUGCCAGAUUUUUCUAUCAAUAUUUGUGGAGGUUCUGGGAUUCAGAAGAGUCAGAUGACUAUGAGUGGAUAUCAAGACACUUGGAAAGAAGAUUACGACUAUACUAUGACAUCCAGGAAGGCAAGGUGCCAGAUGCUAGUAACUUUAAAAAACGCUUUGAAACCAUGGUGAUAGAGGCAAACGAAAAACACUCUGAAUUGGUCGACCUCUACUCUGCGGUCAGUAUGUCCGACUCGGACACUGACCUCAACGCGACUGACCAGGAAUUGACCCAGUGUGCCGAUGACCUGAAGGUUCUGAGGGAUAAACUGGAAAUGAUGGAAGACCCUGUUCUAAGGUUACAGGUCCUGGGAACAGUUGAAGAUACAGACAAGUAGAAAGCCCACUUCCUACUGUCCCUCUACCCUAGCCAUUUGACAGUUGGAGGCAUGCAUUGCACAAUGAAGUUUCAUAUAGCAAAGAAAUGAAUUUUCUUGGAAAUUUUUUUUGCUUUGUAAAGGUCUUACUUAUACACUUGUUGUGUGCCUUAAAUAACAACAGGAGAUCACUGACACACCUCGGGCUGCAUUCUAACUGAGAUCCUCUCUGAAGAUUGGCUGAUUUCCUUGAUGAAGAUCGACUUUUUUAUAGGACUUGACCAGUCAUUAUCUCAUGCUCUUGACGUUAAUGUUCACACCAAUAAUGAAGGUUUUCAGAAGUCUUUCAACUAUAUUGCCAGGUGAAGGGAGCCAGCAGGUGAGUGUGUACAGUAAAUCUUGGGCUGGCUUCAGUGUCAGGGAAAUACUUCAAUUACCAAUUUGAACCUACUUCACCAGUAUCUGAAAUAAUUAUUCAUUAACAGAUUUACUGCACGGGACUGAUAAUUGAUUGGCUCUUCGAAUAAAAGGAUUAUUGCACUUGUGGUCCACUUAUUACAAGAGGAGUGUGCUUGCCUCUGUUUUAAUUGCUUCAGUAUGUUUCAUGCCUCUCUUGCAUAUUGGCCAUAAGCUAAUGGUUUUUAAAUUUUUCGGACUAGUGUUUGAUAAUUUUCACUUACUGUGAGGUUAUCUAGAACCCAAGUUUAGAUUUAUUUUCGGACUGGAGUUAUUUUGUGAAACCAACUUCUUGGUCAUGUUAUUUAGAUCAAGAUAUAAGUAUGUUCAAUUUAAUCUGCACGAUGGUGUUACAUAUUAAAAAUAAUGUGAACUCCUAGUACACAUGGCAUUGUACAGGCAUGGUUAUAGAAAAAAAAAUUAACUGGUAAUAGGUAUAUAUAUUUUUCAUGGCAGUUUUCAUUCCUUAGGACUCCCAAGAACCCCCAUUGUAAGGUCAUUUCUACCCACUCUUCUCCACAUCAUGCCAAAUUAUUUCUGUUACAAUAAUAGUAGUAAACUACUGAUACUUUGCCAAAAAAAUCAAUGUACAUGUAAAGUAACAGCAACUUAACCAAAGGCAUUUACUAAUUUUCCAUUGUAGCCUGUCUAUAAGGACCUGCUGCCAGUCCCAUUUUCUUGAAUCUCGUGGAUUUCUUCAUACUAUUAUUGAAAAGCAAUUAUGAAACUCCAGGUUCAUGUUGCUUCAAAAAUGAUGCCAUGUAAUAAGAUCAUGUUUGUAACAUAUUAUAGUUAACUAAUAAUACAUUGCAAAUGAAUUUAUAGUAAAUAACCUUGAUUAACAUUUAAUAAUGAUCUUGUUUUGACCACGUCUAUGAUUAUGUGGCUUAUUUAGGGCCAAUUACAUUAUCACCCAAACUCCAAUUACUGGAGUUUGGGUGAUAAUGAUCAAUUCUCAUGAACUUAUUUAGUUAUUUCCCCUACAUGCUACACUCUUACGCAAAUAUUGGGAUUUAAGCUGAAAGUAGGCUUAAAAGAUGGAACUUAGUUUAAGAUUUUUAUAGUCCCAUUUUUCACUUACGUGGAAAAGGGAAAAAAAAAGAUUUAUUUUGCACAUAUGUACUAGUACUUGAAAUUAUUCUUUUUAUACUAGCAUGUUAUACAUUAAUAAAACCACAAAAAUAUUUAUAUUACAUUUCUUGCAUGUUUAUUAGAUGUUCAUUAUUGUAAAAUUGUUACAAAACAUUGCUAUAUAUAUUUUUUGUUAUAUCAUUGCCAAUAAACUUUAUUUUCUGUAUGUUUCUCCACUGUUAUCUCUUGACUCCUGAUAAAAUAAAAAAGGAAUUAUUAACAAUAAGCUCUUUAAUCUGAUGAAAAACGUGCCUAACUGCCCCACAUGGUCCUGUUUAUUAAUAAGAUGCACAUGUGACAACAUAAUUAUUUCUUCAACAAAUUGUGCUUGAGAAGCCAAACAAUCUCGAGACCAAAACGCAAUCCACUAAUUAAAUCUCACCACAAACAAAUCGCUACCCAUUUACUUCUAGAGCAUAUGUUGCCUGAAAGAAAACUUGGCAUGACGUCAAGCUCCUCUGGUUGUAAUUAACUUGAAAUUACAAAUAAAAUUUAAAGAAUAUAAAUAAAAGUGUCUUGCCCACAAUGUAGUAGGCUUUGCCCACUGUAAGGUGGAUUUAUUUGAGUGGCUUUAUCGCGGGAUUUCCAAUCUAGGUCUGCCUGGUAAAAAGGAACUUUACCUAAGUUGGGGGGGGAAUUAUUUGACUGAUUUUAUCAAGGGAUUCCUAAUCUCGUCUUGCCACAUCAAAAGAAUCAAUAUUCUUCUGUCUUCUACUUCUGCCCACAUUAUCAAUAAGAUUGUUCUUGGUUCCAAGGAAUUGAAUUUGCUGAUAUCUCGUGAUAGUAAUCACUUCAUUUGAAACAAAACUUUGGUGAAUACCCACCAUUUAUAGCCAGGUCAUUCAGCCAAUUACUACCCCGUUCACAGGUCUACAUGUACCAACACACAACGACCUGUAUGCAUUCAGCCCAAUGCUGCUCUUGUGACAAGAGUGAAAUGUAACCGUUUCAAUACAAUUUUGUUCCAAAGUAAGUGAUUACUAUCACUAAAACAUCACCAAAUAUUGUGUCCACUUAUAGCCUGUUCUGACAAUUUCUCUUCUUCACUGGUCAUCUCAAUUACACAUCCAGUUCAGUCCAUGUUUUCUGACCGACUCGAUAUUCUGACCAUUUAUGGGGCAUCCACAGGUGUCACACAGUCACCGCAUAUAAUGAACCACCUUCCUGUUAUUCAAAUAUCUAAUAAAGCUGAUAACCUCUGAUUUCUCCACUGCUGACCAGUG